AUGCACCAGAAAGAAAUCCAAGAACAACAACCUCCCCCACCCUGCGAAUUCACAAACCCCUGUCCAGCAAUCGACGACGAGAAGGCUAACAACCCGCGCCGGAAAGUCAUCUCCCAUAUCUUCGGCCGCAAUAAGUAUGCCACAAAGCGGUUCCCGGACCAUGUCUGGGUGCAUUACUGUCGACAGCAUUACCAGCGCGCGCGGUAUCGGGUCGAGUGGCCGGUUACGCAGUGUGAGUUGUUGAUGGUUGUGCUUGGGCGCAUGGAGAGGUGGGGUGGGGUGUCGGGGUGGGAGGUUGUGUUGAGGAAGAGGGAGGUGCAGCGGUUGAAAGGGGAGGAUGGAGGAGGAGAGGAGGAGGUUAUUGCUGCUACUACUGGUGCUGGGGGGAGGCAUUCGGGGGGUUGUUGUAAGGAUGAGAGGGGGGAUGACGGGGACGAGUCGGAUCCUACUACUUCGCUCUCAUCUGGUUCGGGCUCGUCGCCUGCCUUUUCUGAACUUACUCCUGUGCAGGACCAUUGUGGCAGACGCAGGAAACCGACCAUUGUGGCUUCGCCUGUGCCCGGUUGGCUUCUGAGGGAAGUUGGUCGGGAUAAGUCUUUUGCGGAUUUGCGCGACCUGGUCCGUCGGGUGCGCGAGGAUAUGGAUUCUUUGCGCGGACGGGGCGUGCCGGCUCGUCAGAUCGUGUUUCCGGAUAUUGAGCUUUUACCGACGUUUCAGUCUUGGGUUCUGGCUCCGGUGACGAAGCGGCGGAGGGUGAGGAGGAAUGCAGGUAGAGGGAAGAAGGGUGGCAAUGGGAAGAAGGGUUCUAGGGUUAAUGGGAAGGGGGCCGUGAAGAGGGUUCAUGGGUGA